CACCCUCUCUCUCUGUCUCCAUUCUCCUCCUCUACGCUCUGUCACUCUCCACCUCUCCAGACGGCAAUGUAGCCGUCGUCGCGCGCACACGGCUGAUGGCUCGACGCGAGCACGACGGGCGAGGCAUACGUUUCACGGUUCCCACCACGACAUCGCUGCGUAGCCCACCCAGCCCAGGCACCCACGAGGCCUGCGGGGUGACUUCAUCCGGCCAGUGCACAUACCGCCGGCCUUGGGUGACGGGGUUGCCACCGAUGUCAAAGCGCGAUGCGUCGUUCCUUCCUUCUCUCAUUCACCCACUCUCUCACUCUCAACGCUCACUCACUCCCCAUCGUUCCCUCUCCAUCACUCAUUCUCCGUCGCUCAAUCAUCAUGCCCGCUUCCGACGGUCUCGCUCCCCCCAUGGCCUCGCAGACCGAGAAGGACAUUGUCAAGUCGUACGGCGGCUGGACAGCCUUCUGCCUCGCCUACGGCUGCCGCCCCUGGGACUCGGAAUCGAACGAUGAAGCCAAGGCCAUUCUCAAGAGCAUGGCGCGCGAGGAAGACCGCGCUGCUGCCGGACACGGUCGGUGAUCGCACGCACGACUGAAACCGACUGCAUAACAAGGUGAAGAACAGAAGGACGAGUUGGGCUGAAUGGAAGAGACUACAGGCAUGUACAUUGUUGAUCCUCUCAGCACAUGUUGCGUGCAGUGCGCCCUCCUGAUCUACUAAACCCCGGGCGCCCCAUUCAUGAGAGCGCCACCUCGCACUCACUUCUUUCUGUGACACUAACCUCCACGUCCGUGCAUCUACAAUCGACAGCCCCUGCCCCGUCAAGUCGUGUCUGCACCUUAUACUACUCGUAGGGGCACGCCUCAGCCCCCCAAGUCCUUUGUGGUGCAGU